AGUCAUAUUUGGUACCUGCUGGAACAAUGGUGAAUAUUUAUAUUUACGCAGUCCACAGAGAUCCGAAUUUUUGGCCAAAUCCAGAAGUAUUUGAUCCCGAUAGAUUCUUGCCAGAAAGAAUCCGAAAUCGUCAUCCUUAUUCGUAUUUACCAUUCAGUGCUGGACCACGUAACUGCAUCGGCCAACGAUUUGCUAUGCUGGAAUUAAAGGCAAUGAUAGCUCCUCUGGUACACAAUUUCUACUUGGAGCCCAUUGAUUAUUUAAAGAAUCUUCGGCUGAAAGUUGAUUUGGUCAUUCGCGUUGAUCUACUUCGUGUAAAAUUUAUCCCUGUCUAUAAAACAAAUGUAACUCUUUAAAGCAAAUAUCGCCUUAAUGAAGAUCAUAAAAGACAAAGAGAAGGCUUUAUUUGCUUACAAAACGAUUGCCACAGCGUCGUAAUAGUAACACUUUAUAUUCAUUACAUUUCAUUAUCGCUUAUUAGGGGAGACCGGGGCUAUAUAUGUGUCCACGUUUUUUUCAAGUUUACUAAAAAACUAAUAAAGAUAUUUGGCU